AUGUGGUUUGCUUAUUUGGGCGUACCUAUCACUGUUCAUUUUCUUUCAUUGGUGACACCCUCAAGUUCCGCAUCGUUUGGUUGCAAGAAUGCAAUGAUUUCUGAUGAAUGGAGGCAAACUGUGCUGGAAUUUCACAACAAGAAUCGUAAGAAUGUAGUUAAAAACCAACAAGAGACGAAAGACAAUAAAAAAAUGCCCUUUGCGAAAGAUAUGUAUGAACUAACCUGGGACUGCAAUAUCGAAGAAGUUGCGUACGCAUACAGUUGCGAUAGAACAGCAGUUAAUCCUGCCUACGGCGUGGUUGAAGCGGACAUCAGUUUGGGUGGCAGCCCCUGUAACAUCACGGCAAAAACACAUACUCUCCUACAGAAGUGGUGGGAUGAGGCCAAGACAACGGACCUCAGCCAAAAUGUUCAAUAUGUGGAUGCGAUUAAAAAUUUCGGCAUCAUGGCUAAUGCGAAAGCUAAAGGUUUUGCAUGCACGUACAACAAAUGUCCCAAUGGCGCCAAAUUCGUUUGCGUUUACGAUCAGAAGCUCGUAGUCAAUAACCCACAGAAUUCGGUGUACACCGUAGCCGGUAAUGAUGGAGAAGCAUGCGACUCUUGCGCACAAGAUCAGGCUACGUGCGUUGGAUAUCUCUGCACGAAGACCUAUGACUCUACUGCUACUCUCCCUGCAACGAAGUGCACUCAACCAAAUGAUGAUGGGAUGACAUUGGACUUGCAAACCACGGCGCAAGACAUGUUAAACUACUACAGAAGAGCUCUGGCAACAGGAUGGGGCACGGACAAGAACGGCUAUGCGCCGCCGGCAAAACAAAUCAAUAAGCUGACUUAUGACUGCGACACGUUAGGAUCACACGCGAAAUUAGUCAUGAACUGCAAUGUUCCAGUCUAUACCCCUCUACCUGAGGUAAUUAUGACUGUAUUUUUACCAUGCGUUAAAGCAAUUUCAUUCUAUGCGACAUCCAUUAUUGAAUGUAAACUUUUAGCAGUAGCUUUAGAAUUGAACAACAUAGCUAUAACGAGUUGGUGGAAACAGCUGGAGAAAGUUGACGUCGAUAAGGAAGCGAAGUUUACCAAUGAACUGAAAACGAAUGCCCCCGACUUCGCUAACAUGGCGAUUGCAACCGCCACCAAGGUGGGAUGCUCCGUCCUAACCUGCUUAAAGCAGGGAUACGUCGUAGCUGGAUGCGAGUUUGACAAGGCACUCAAUGUUGAUGAUCCUAUCUACACGGUUGGCACCACAUGUACGAGCUGUAGAACUGCAAACCUGCAAUGUGAGACAAUUCUUCCGGGAUUGUGUGCCUAA